GGAUAUGGUAAUGGUCUUCCUCAUCCUCUUGAUCUGAAGUGGGACAUGCCCGGAUGCAUUGGCUGUGAUGAAGCCAAAGAAGGGGUUUGUGGAUUCAAAGACAAGACUCAAUCUAAUGAGACUACAUGUUACUAUAAUAAGUGCAAUGAAGGUGCGAGCCUAGUCUACUUUGUUAUCUUAGUAGCAUCAUUGAUUAACUUGAAGUUCUAUCACUCGUGGAAGUUAGAAAGGUGGAAAGAUAUAUAGAGAGAACCGGCUCAAGGUUGCAAAAUUUCUGGAGGAUUAUAAAUCACUGAAGCCCACAAUACUCUUAUGCUGAUCUGAAAAGGAUGACCAAACAAUUCAAAGACAAAUUAGGUCAAGGAGCAUAUGGAAAUGUUUACGAAGGAAUGCUUGUGAACGGAAAUCUGGUUGUGGUGAAGAUCCUACAAAAUUCAGGGGGAGAUGGAGAAAACUUCAUUAAUGAAGUGGGUACCAUUGGUAGGAUUCACCACAUUAAUGUGGUUCUUCUUCUGGGCUUCUGCAUUGACAACUUGAAGCGUGCACUCAUCUAUGAAUCCAUGCCAAACGAAUCAUUAGAAAAUUUCAUUUUCUCAGCAGACGCCAAAAACCCUUUGCUAAGUUGGGAGAAGCUUAAAUAUAUUGCAAUUGGCAUUGCUAGAGGGAUAGAGUAUCUUCACCAAGGAUGUGACCAACGCAUCCUUCAUUUUGAUAUCAAACCUCACACUAUAUUGCUAGACCAUAACUUUAAUCCUAAGAUGUCUGAUUUUGGGCUAGCAAAGUUAUGCUCCAAGGGACAGAGCAUUGUAUCAAUGACUACUGCCAGAGGAACCAUGGGUUACAUUGCACCUGAAGUGUUCUCUAGGAACUUUGGAAAUGUUUCGUACAAGUCAGAUAUUUACAGUUUCGGAAUGUUGUUGCUAGAAAUGGUUGGAGGAAGGAAGAACAUUUAUGUUAUGGUGGAAAACACCAGUCAAGUGUACUUUCCUGAAUGGAUUUAUAAUCGUCUACAUCAUGGGGAAGAGCUGGGAUUCAACAUCGUUGUAGUUGAAGAUGGGAAUAAAGCAAAGAAACUAACAACUGUGACACUCUGGUGCAUACAGUGGUACCUGGGUGAUCACCCUGCUAUGAACAGUGUGGUCCAAAUGAUAGAAGGAAGCAUGGAAAGCUUGAUGAUGCCACCAAAUCCUUUUGCCUCCUCUGCUCCUCCAAAUGUUGACACAACUACCCCUGAGAUAACCCAUGUGGCAAACUUAACAACUAUAGCAGAACUUGAAGAAGGGAAAGAAGAUAUUUCUUGACAUCAACCUCCAAACUUAUGUCAUUAAGAGUGUUUGCUAUAUUAUAUGUUUGUGAUGGUCUCCAUUUCUAUCUCUUAUCCAUUAAAUUGAAGUCCAUUAGAAUAAGCACAAUGUUGUGUUUC